ACAUAACAACAGCGAAUAUUCCUUCGGAGACCUCAGGCUCCACCCAGAGAGACCCAAACCAUCAUGCACCAAAAAGAAAGACAUGAUCUCGUGAUAAUCGAAAAAUGAUUGGCGAAGGGCAUGAGUGGUAGUUCUGCGGUAUCGCCCCUCCGUAACCUAAGAGGUGGCUAAGCGGAAGCGGAAGCACUGGGUGUGGCCGAAGGGCUUUGCGUCCAAGUCAUGACUGUGGUGACCGUCACAAAGUACGGGCUCUCAGAGAUGAAGGAGUUCAUGAGGCGAGUAGCAGUGACGACCGGCCAGGACGUGGUGCCGUUCGCUAUGACGCUCGUCGGACUGGCUGCAGCUGCAGACCCGUCGACACUGGCCGCAGCUGCAGACCCGUCGACAGAAGCUUCGCUUUCUGCUGCGGGAGCUGCAUUGACAGCAAGGAAGAGACUGAUGGUGGCAAGGAAAGGGUGAGAAA